AUGGACUUUGUAAAUGAAAAGUAUGCUGUCAUACCAAAAUCAAUGAAGGUAAAAGUAAUUCUUUAAGUGAGAGUGAUGAAGAAAUUCAAAAAAAUAUGGCACCAGAGAGUAAUUCUUUCAUCGAAAGAGCUAAAUUUUUGUUGUUAAAAGGAUAAAUUUUCUAAAAAAUAUUUGUUUCAAAGAAUAUUCGAGAAUCUUUAUCUGAUCCGAAUGGCGCAUUAUAAUUAUUAGAAAUAAUUGCAAAUUAAUUACAUUCAUUACAUGAUGAAACAUUAAUAAAAGAAUACAUUAAUGCUGUGAGUGAAAUAUUCAAUAAAAUCUAAGUAUUAAGAAUUAACAUUUUUAGAUCACUAAUUAAUUAAAAUAGUCUUAUAGUGAUAUUUGCUUCAAUAUUUUUACAAAACAAUAUCAAUAAUAUGAAAUAAUUAAUUCUUGUGCAGAGAUAUUAAAAUAUUUAGAUGACCUUGAGAUUUAUAAAGAAGGAUUAUAUCUUGAGACUGAUAAUCAAAUGUAUCAAAUACUAAAGAUAAUUGAAAUAUAUUAUCAUAAAUUUACACCUGAAUUAAAAAAAUAAGCUCAUCUUUAAAUAAAAUCUAGCAUGAAGCAUAAAGAUGAAAGAGUUCGUAAAAUUAUUUCAGAAAUAUUACUAAGUAAUCAAUAAUUAUUAAAAUCCAUAUUACGUGAAUUUGAUUGGAUUGAUAAAUUUACUACAUUAAUUUAUGAUUCAUCUAAAGAUGUUAGAAUGAGCUCAGCAAAAUUAUUUUUAGCUACAUAUGAACUGAAUGAAGAAAUUCAUAAAUCCAGAUUAUUACUUUUAUUAGAAAAUAUAAUUAAAUAAUUAGAUUCAACUUAAUUUGAGUUUUGCCAAUCAAUAUCAUAAUAUGUAUUAUUUAAUCAUAAUAUUUAGAGCUUAAAUUAAGAUAAUUUGUAAUCACUUUUGAUUGAAAAAAUUACUGAAAUCAUAAAUCAUAGUAAUGAGAAUGCAUUUCGAUUUUUAGAAUCAUUACAUAAAUAUUAUUCAAUAAUAAAAUAAUUUAAUGAGAAGUACUCUAUUUUCAUUGAUGAAUUAUUAUUAAAUUCUUUAUAAAUCCUUUCAGAAGAUAUGAGAAAUUAUGACAUAUUAAAGUGUUUGUCAAAUUUAUAUUCUAGUUUAUCCUAGGAUAUGUAAUUUAAAGUAAUUUAAAAAUUAUUUCUUAAUUUUGAAUUUAAUUAACUAAUAUUUAUUCCUUAUUUAUAUGAAAUUAUUGAGAAAGCAACAUUAAUAAAUAAAAAUAAAAUUUGGCUGUAGUAACUUUAAACAAUAUAUGAAAUGUUUAAAAGAAAUGUUUUUUAAUAUGAAACAAAAGGUUUGUGGAAUGAAAUAUCAAAUAUGAUUGAUAUUAUGAAAAUAAUAUCUAGAAUCUUAUUUUUACAGAAGGAUUUUCUACAAUAAUGUCUAAAAAUGAGUCAUAUGGGUUCAAAAUAAAUUAGAGAUAAAAUAAUGAAUUUUUUGAUUGAAAAAAUUAUAGAAUUAGACUCUCUCGAAAGUAGAGAUUAAAUAAUUCAAAAUUAUACAGGAUUUAUUAAUCAUUAAAAUUACUAAUUAAGAUAAUUAUCAAUAGAGUUCAUCAUUAAAUUAUGUUAAUAAAGAUCGAGAAAGUUCUUUAUUUCAAACAACUUAAUAAAUGUAUUAUAAUUGUAGUACGAUCCGGUUGCUUUAGUAAGAGCAAAGAUUCCUAAAUUGCUUUUUUAAAUAAAAUUACUAUUUUGGAAUGAUGAAAAAGAAAUUCUUAGUAGAAUUGUUUAAAUCUUCUAGAAUCUGAUGAACGAUAAGAAAUUAUACAUUUAAUAAGUACAUACUUAUAUAAUAAGAUCUCCAAAGACUUUUGGGCCGAACUAACAAAUAUUUAAUUUUCGAGUGCAUAAAUGACAAUAGAAUAAAACUAGAUUAUGGACGAAAGAGAACAAUAAGAAUAUGCAAAUUUAAAAGUAUAAAAAAAUAAUAUUAGAUGAUUAAAUAGUAAUUGUUACUUAAUCCUAAAAAUAUUAAAAAUGAAGUCAGCAAAUCCAGAAAUCAAACUCCGACAUAAAGAUUACCACCAUUAAAUAAAAGAUAAAAUAAUUUCUUGUAAGUUCCUAAAGGCCCUUAACCAAGAAAAACAUCUGCUCAAAGAGUUAUUUAAUCAAAGUCUCCACAACCCUUUAAAUGA